GACCCGAGGCUCGGCAGAGGAACCCAGGGCUGUGCAACCAUGCAAAUCUUCGGGAAGACCCUCACGGGGAGGACCAUCACUUUGGAUGUAGCGCCGUCCGACACGAUCGACGGUGUCAAGCAGACCAUCCAGGACUUGGAAGGGAUCCCUGCCAGCCAGCAGCGCUUGGUGUUCGCCGCCAAGCAGCUGGAGGAUGGUCGCACUCUCUCCGACUACAACGUGGAGCAGGAGUCGACCCUCCAGGUGCUCCUCAGCCUUCGCGGUGGGGUGUACGACCCUUCGCUCGCCGCUCUCGCCAAGACCUUCAACACCGAGAAGAUGGUGUGCCGCAAGUGCUACGCCCGGCUCCCGCCCCGCGCCAAGAACUGUCGCAAGAAGAAGUGCGGUCACACGAACCAGCUCCGCCCCAAGAAGAAGCUGAAAUAAGCUUGUUCUAUCAUGGCUGUCUUGUCAUGCCACAUCACAUUGCCUUGGUUCUCUCUCUCUCUCUCUCUCUGUCUGCCGCCGUCCGUUCGAGGCUUGUUUUCGAUGUCUCCGGCCGAUGCUCGGCGUGCUCUCGCACUCGCGUGUGUGCGCGGAAGCCGCCGCCUCGAUUUCGCCGUUCAGGGGGUUAACGUAGCUCGACUGCUGUUGCCGUGUGGCGUUUGCAUCAUGUCACCUUUGCCCGUGGUGUGAUCGUUUGGAGGGUUUUGGUUGGUAGAUGAAGGGUGUGUGGUGCGUUGGCCCGUCGGGGUGGCGCCGCCGUAUGUCGCGGGGCGGACAGGCGGGGGGGGGUGAUGUUCUUCCUGCCUGGGGCGUGUGUUUUAAUUCACCCGCUGAGUUAAUUCAAAGAGAGGGUCUCUGCCUUUUGGUUGGUGCUUGGUAUUUUCUGAGCGAGAAUGGUCCCUCAUACGGGAAGUUGGUUCUCGCGAAGAGCAUAAGUAUGCCUGCGAUCGUGCCGCUACAGUCA